AUGCUUGCAAUACUUCCAAAGAAAUUUCAAAGUUCAUUGACUCUCAGUUAUAGAGAACAAUUUCAACAACGAACAAUUUUAUUUCCAUUAGAUAAAUCAACUCAUUAUGAUAAAUAUCUGAAAAUUGUUCUCGAAGAUCUUCCAACGAUUGAUGAACGAUUACUUAAUUUUAUUGAAAAUAAAUAUCCACGUCGUCUACAAUCGAUCAGACGUAUCAGUGAGUCACGUAAUGUUCGAAAAAUUUAUUCCAAUCAUAUAUUUCCAAUUCUAUCCGAUGAUAGUCAAUGGUCAACAAAAUCAGAUGCUAUUCUGAUUGUUUAUGUUAUAUUUAUCUAUAAAGACCUUUAUUCACCUCAACCUGAUCAUUUUGCUAAUGAAAUGAAAACAUUAAAAAAUACAUUAAUUAUCAAAACACGUCAAGAUAAAAAAUGGCUCGAUCGUCAGUAUUAUUAUGAUGGUAGAGACAAAAGAAUUGUGAAACCCGACGAACUCGAGGAUAUGAUGGAAGAUCCUUCUGGAUCUAUUGAUGAAGAACUCCUCAAUCGAAUUCAUGGAUCAAUGAUUGGUAUGGCCUUGGGUGAUGCUCUCGGUGCUCAUGUUGAAUUUCGGACUCAUGCAUAUUUGGUUAAACACCCAGUGACCGAUUUUCAAGAAGAUGAGGCACGAGGUCUCAAAAAAGGACAAUCCACAGAUGCUACUUCAAUGGCUCUUUGUUUGGCUAAUUCGUUGAUAGCUCGUCGUCAUUUUAAUCCAUAUGAUCAAUUAGUUCGUUAUAAAUGGUGGUACAAAAAUGGAUAUAUGACAUCAACUGGACGAUGUUUCGAUAUUGGCGAAAAUACAAGUCAAUCGUUCGACGAAUUUCAACGGCGUCAAGAGUCUUUGGCCAAAGAUCAUCAAAUUCCUCUUGAACAAUUGGACUUUCUCUCCGACUAUCAUCUUCUGGCCAAUUUCAAUGUAGAUUGUAGCAAAAUCGGUGCAGCUGGCAACGGAGCUUUGAUGCGUCUCGCACCCGUACCACUGUUCUUUCAUAAAUGGCCAAUUCAUGCUGUUGAAUUUUCUGGUCGUAGUGGUCAAAUCACUCAUGGUGAUCCGAAAGCCUAUGAUGCGUGCCGUUACUAUGGAGCUCUUAUUGUGGCCACUCUUCGUGGUGAAUCAAAAGAGCAGUUACUUGACAAUGAGUUUUAUGUAAAACACAAACCGUGGUUUAAUGGUAAGCGUCUUCAUACGGAUAUAGAAGCCAUAGCUAAAGGAUCAUAUAAACAACGUCAAGGCUAUGAUGGUGGAAUACGAGGUAACGGAUAUAUUGUUAACACUCUUCAAGCUGCUUUAUGGGCAUUUUGGGCCGAUGAAAACAAUUUUGAGAAAGGUGUGCUUGCUGCAGUCAAUCUUGGCGAUGAUACUGACACAACAGCCGCUAUUUAUGGACAAUUAGCCGGCGUCUACUAUGGCUUUAAAAAAUUGCCUGAAAACUGGCGCGAUCAAGUCUACGCUAAAGAUUUCAUCAAGUGUGUAAGUAAGUGGAUCGUCUACGAGGGAAACCAAUGGCAACCAGAAGAGCCAACACAUUCUACUCAACAAUCGAAAAUCAAUCAAAAAACAAACUGA